AAUAAUAAUAAUGAUAAUAAUAAUAAUAAUAAUAAUAAUAAUAAUAAUAAUAAUAAUAGUAAUAAUAAUAAAAAUAAUAAUAAUAAUAAUGAUAAUAAUAAUACUAAUAAUAAUAAUAAUAGUAAUAAUAAUAGUAAUAAUAAUAACAGUAAUAAUAAUAAUAACAGUAAUAAUAACAAUAAGAUUAAUAAUAAUAAUAAUAAUAACAGUAAUAAUAGCAAUAAUAAUAAGUACAAUAAUAAUAAUGACUGUAAUAAAAACAAUAAUAAUAAUAAUAAUAAUAAUAAUAAUAAUAAUAAUAAUAAUAAUAAUAGUAAUAAUAGUAAUAAUAUUAAUAAUAAUAACAGUAAUAAUAACAAUAAUAAUAAUAGUAACAAUAACAGUAAUACUAACAAUAAUAAUUAUAGUAAUAAUAAUAACAGUAAUAAUAACAAUAAUAUUAAUAAUAUUAAUAAUAAUAACAGUAAUAAUAAAAAAAAUAAUAAUAAUAUGAAGAUGAAUGACAGUAAUAAUAAGAAUAAUUGUAACAAUAUCAGUAAUAAUAAUAUUAAUAAUAAUAAUAAUAAUAAAAAUAGUAAUAAUAGUAAUUAUAAUAGUAAUAAUAUUAAUAAAAAUAGUAAUAAUAAUAAUAAUAGAAACAAUAAAAGUAAUAAUAAUAAUAAUAGUAAUAAUAGAAAUAAUAAUAUUAAUUGUAAUAAUAAUAAUAGUAAUAAUAAUAAUAAUAGUAAUAUUAAAAGUAUUAGUAAUAAUAAUAAUAAUAAUAGAAAUAAUAAUAAUAAUAAUAAUAAUAAUAAUAAUAAUAAUAGUAAUAUUUAUAAUAAUAAUAGGAAUAAUAAGACUAAU